AUGACCUCAACAUCAACAUCCACCCUCCCCACCAUCGCCCGCUCCACCCUCAUAAACACCACCUUCACCGAUCUCACCCCCUCCGACACCAUCACCCGCAGCGAUCUCCGCGACGUAACCAUCACCUGCUCCGGCAGCAGAACCCCCACCACCCUCCUCCGCUCCGCCCUAACCUCCUGCACCGUCACGCACUCCUCCACUUACCGCUCCAACCUAAAACACACCACUCUCACUAACGCCAGUGUCUCCCGCAUCGAAGCUACGCACACUUCCUUCGGCAUUUACACCUACUCGCAUCGGAGCAUCCUCACCAACGUGAUUCUCCGCGAUCGCUCCUCCGUCAAGCGCAGCCACGUAAAAGAUGCUAGUUUGAUGGGCGGUAGUUCUCUCUGGCGGAGUAAUGUCACCAAGUGCAUGAUUGCGGAUGAGUGUCGGGUGCAGCGGUGCAAGCUGGUCGAUUGUGAUGUGGUGUGUUGUGUGCUGGUGAAGACAGAUUUUGAGGGAAUGGUGGUUAGGAAUGGGGUUUGGAAGGACGGGGUGUUGGUGGGGAAGGUGAGGGAGGGGGAGGAGGUGGUGGUAUUGAAGAAGGGGGACAUUAGGGAAACGAAGAUCUCGGUGGAUGAGAAGUUGGAUAGCAAGGAUACCAAGUACUGGUUGGAGGAGGAGAGUUCGGAGGGGGAGGGUGUGAGGGAGAUGUCGCCGCCGCCGGCGUAUACGGCGUAG